AUGCCUUGGGAAUCCAAAGCCGCUUUACCACAGGUCACUUUGCGGUCCACGAUAGCCGGUCUUGUUAUCGGCUCUGUGAUUCUUGUUUCCAACUUUCAAUUCGGGCUGCAAACGGGCUGGGUUUCGAUGAUGUCGCUACCAUCAGCGCUACUUGGGUUCUCAAUUUUCAAAACAUUGCAGCCUCGGCUUCACUGUCAUUUCACAGACGUUGAAAACGUCUUUGUCCAGAGUGUCGCAGUUGCUGUUGCCACUGGACCGUUGGCGUAUGGAUUUAUUGGCAUCAUUCCAGCCAUUGAGAAACUCAUGACCGACGCUGAAAGCGGCUCAGAGUCCGGAAUCGACCUGUCUCAACUGUGGAAGCUAGUGACUUGGGCUUUUGGACUGGCUUUUUUUGGAGUCUUUUUCGCUGUGCCUCUUCGAAAACAAUUCAUCAUCAAGGAGAAGCUGGCUUUUCCAAGCGGCAGCGCCACUGCCACCCUCAUAUCUGUUUUUCACGGAACAACACUCAACGUCGAGUCCCAAAUGAAAUCACAGCCUAAACAGUCUUCAUCUGCAGAAGAACACGAGAAUCAUCCUGAACGACCUCCAACGCCGAACAACAUCACAAUCAUCGAGUCGCAAGAUCUGUGCCAGCUCCAGCAGGUCGAAACAUACCAGACGAACAUCAAACUUCUCGCGGCGACCUCGAGUGUCUCCUCUAUUUAUACCGUUGUUGGUUAUUUUGUUCCUCAAAUAAAACGUAUACCAAUUCUCGGCAAAACCAUCUCAGAAUCAUAUCUGAUCAAUUUUCAGCCAUCCCCAUCAUACAUCGGCCAGGGAAUGAUCAUGGGAUUCACCACAACGGCCUACAUGAUGGUCGGCAUGGUGUUUGGCUGGUGUAUUCUCAGUCCUUUAGCACAAUAUAUGGGCUGGGCUCCUGGACCCGUGGACGACUGGAAAGAGGGCGCCGAGGGUUGGAUUAUGUGGAUUAGUUUGGCCAUCAUGAUCAGCGACUCUAUUAUCUCGUUUCUCGUCAUCGUUGUCAAGUCGCUAGCGUCACUAUAUCAGUCACCUUCCUCUAGACCCCUCUCCAGAACGGGCUCCGUUGAUUCUCCACAUGAGGAGCUGGAAAGACUGAUUGAUGAAAAUGAGGUGGCUUCUGAUGAAGAUAUUUCAAGCAGCACUUAUCACGGCGAGGGGUCGAAUGACCAUACCCCGAAGAAUUCUUCCUCGUCGUUGCCCGAAACUGAUCAAUUCAGCGACCGCUCCACAUACGUCGAUCUGGACGAGUCUCACCAAAUAUCGGCGACAGUCACCAUUGUUGGGCUAAUUGUGUCGUCGGUUGCAUGUGUGGUGUGCACGCGAUUGGUUUUCGGUCCAGUUGUGCCAAUUUACACCAUCGUAACAGCAAUCAUACUAUCUCUAUUUUUGUCUGUUCUCGGUGUCAGAGCACUGGGAGAGACAGAUCUGAACCCUGUUAGUGGGAUUGGAAAACUGUCACAGCUGAUUUUCGCACUGAUAAUACCAAAAUCUCAACCUGGCGCAAUCCUCAUCAACCUCAUUUCAGGGGCCAUUUCCGAGGCCGCAACGCAACAAGCGGGCGAUUUGCUGCAAGAUCUAAAAACUGGAUACCUCCUUGGAGCGUCCCCAAAAGCACAGUUUAUUGCGCAAAUUUAUGGAUCGCUAUUUUCCGUGUUGUUAAGUGCUGUGAUGUACAAACUGUACAAUAGCAUCUAUGACAUUCCAAGUCAAAUGUUCAAGAUCCCCACGGCUGUAAUUUGGAUUGAUUGCGCAAGACUCGUGAACGGUUCAGGACUGCCUCCAAAAGUUUUCGAGUUUGCCAUAGUGUUGGGUAUCGUUUUUGCAGUUAUUUCAUUUGUGAAAAACACUGUUACUCCUGAAAACAAGUGGCACAAGUACAUCAAAUUUCUUCCUAGUGGAGUCCCUGUGGGAAUUGGAAUUUACAACGUGCCCUCCUUCACUCUUGCACGGUUUGUUGGAGGACUGGUUUCGUACUUCUGGCUCCGCAAAGUUACUCCCGGGAAUUCUGACGCCAGAGUUCGUCUGAUUAUAUUUAGCAGCGGAUUGGUUCUUGGAGAGGGUCUGUUCAGCGUCUUGAACAUGCUUUUGACAAGUCUCAAUGUGCCUCAUCUAUAG